AUGGACGAACCAAACAAUAAACGGAGAAGAACCAAUAAGGUUCUAAUCAAGCAAGAGCCAGGAUCGACAAGCUCCACAAAUCCUUCUCCUGCAAGUUUACAACAACAACAACAUCAUCAAGACAGUGAGUCGUCAGCACGACCUGAGAGGACUGAGACCCCAAUAAUACCUGCUGGAGCACCGAACAAUUCAAGAGUUCGACAAAGAAGUAAUAGUACACAGAGUCACGGGAAUAAUACCACGAGCAUUAGCAACCCCGGCAACGGGAAUCAGAGUACUACCACUACUACUACAACAACAAGUCCUCAAAACAACAACAACAUCAACAACAACACUCAGGACUAUAAUAACAAUUCGAAUCUCCAACAGAAUGCUAAUAAUGCCAAUUCUCAGCCUCACCACCACCACCAACAACAACAACAAAAUUCCCCGCAACAACAACAAGAGCAGCAGAAACAGAAACAACAAGAACAGCAGCUGCAAGCUCAACGAGACAACAUCAUCCGGCCACUGCUUCGAGAACUACGCACUGGUCGAACCGUCGACGCUGCCAUAAAAGCCAUUCAACGAUUGUAUGGAGCCUUGAUGAAUAUUACUACAAGUACUGGAAAAGAGGCUGAUGCAUCCGUCCAAAUGGCCCGAUGCAUUACCCAAUGGAAUGGCUGUGGUGCCAUCUUAAUGGCCCUGAAAGAUUGGUACCUCGAGUCGACUGAUUUUGCCUGCAAGGCGGUCAAAGUAUUGGUGCAAAUUACGGGGGCGGUACCGAUUGCCAAGCAAUUCAUCGUCGAGUUGGGAGGAUUGCGGACCUUGCUAAAAGUAUCGGAAGGAGGACUACAUGCAUAUUCUGCCUCCAAAAACAACAACAACAGUAACGCAAACGCCAAAGGACCAACAAGGGUUCCGCUGAAGUUGACCGUGGCACUAGAAAAGAAAUUGAGUUAUCAAUUGCAAUCCAAUGUGGUUGGUCUUUUGCACAAUUUGAUUGGUGGAGUUGAUUAUAGCAUUGGCAAGGAAGUGGCGGCGGAAGAAUGUUUGGAUUUGGUGAUUGACGCGUUGAAAUGCUGGCCGGACGACAAGUAUACCCAAAAGCGAGGGAUUCGAUAUUUGCUCAAAGUAGGAAGGAUGCAGGAUUCUCAAGUAACUACAAUGCUGCAACAGAAACAAGUGGGAAUAUUGUUUGUCCAAGCAUUGGAUCGUUUUCGGAAUAUCAGUCCGGGUGUUAAGGAAAUGGCACAAGAAGCCUUGUUGUGGUAUGCUACUAGUUAG